AUGGCCCCGAUCGUUCGUGCUUUCGCCAGCUUGGAGCAUCCAACAGAAAACAACACUCUUGGUGCAGCAUUUCUUGGUGCUGUAGGAGCGGGGAUCCUUUUUGGAAUUACCUGCCUACAGGCCUUUUUGUAUUUUUAUCGUUACUCGAAAGAUUCUCUACUCCACAAAGCAGCGGUUGCUAUUUUAUGGCUUUUGGACGCCACACAUCUCGCUAUAACAAUCCAUGCGGUGUAUUUCUAUCUAGUGCAGAACUUUGGGCAUCCUGAGGCCUUUUUAAAUAUCGUCUGGUCAUUAAAGGUGCAUGCCAUUUUAUAUCCCCCGGCCUACGUGGUGGCUCGAGUCAUUUCUCAGCUUCAAGUGUCAUUUAACGUCGUUAUAAUCUUAAUCGUGCAGAGUUUAUACGCGUACCGAGUAUGGCUACUGAGAGGUUACCAUCGUGGUAUACUGGGAUACCUUGUGGCACUCGUAGUUGCGGGUGGUUUUGGUAGGUACUUAUUUCAGCGCGGGACACAAUAUAUUUAA